AUGAAGGGAGCACCGGGCUCCGUCUCAGCCCUGUUCACGGAGCGCAUCUGCCCGUCCUGCGCUUUUAUCGCUCUUCCUGAGCAGCGCUGGCCCGAACGGCGGCCGGGCUGCCCGCCCUUCCCCAGGGGCAGCGUCCCCCCGAUGUGGGACGCGUGUGCGGGGAAACCCUUCGGCGCAGCCCCUCCGGGUGGGCUCCGUGCUCCCCCGGCCAUCUGGAACCCCGUCUGCCGCGGGGUUCACGCCGCCGUCACCUCCUACCACGCACAGCCAGAAAGCAGGUCCUGCCACCCCGCUGCCCCGCGCCUGGCAGAGACGCGGCGAGAGGGUUUUCUGGCAGCAGGCGCCCGGCCCUGUAGCCCCAAAUACUUCGGUCGUGACGCCAUGGUGUGCGUCUGCAACGCCACGUACUGCGACACGUUGGACCCCGUGGUCCUGCCGGCCCCGGGCACCUACGUCAAGUACGAGAGCAGUAAGGCCGGUAAGCGGCUGGAACGCAGCGAGGGGAGCUUCCAGCGCAGAUCUUUGUCCCCUGCAGAUUUCCAUCUCACCCUGGACACGGCACAGCGGUACCAGAAGGUGAAGGGCUUUGGUGGCUCUGUCACAGACUCGGCUGCCAUCAACAUCCAGUCCCUGUCCAAGGAUGCCCAAAACCACCUCCUCCGCUCUUAUUUCUCCGAGGAAGGCAUCGAGUACAACCUCGUGCGCGUCCCCAUGGCCAGCACCGACUUCUCCGUCCGCCUGUACACCUACGCUGACGCCGAGGGCGACUUUGAGCUGAAGCACUUCAACCUGACGGAGGAGGACACGCGGAUGAAGAUCCCCAUCCUCCAGGCAGCCCAAGCAGUGGCCAAACGGCCACUGUCACUCUACGCCAGCCCCUGGACCUCCCCGGUCUGGAUGAAGACGAACGGCGCCAUGACAGGGAGGGGGACGCUGAAAGGCAGCCCCGGGGACAAGUACCACCAGACCUGGGCCAAGUACUUCAUCCGGUGA